CGGAUGAAAGUAAUCAAGCUGCUUCGUAGACUUCUUGAUUAGAGAUGAGAUCCUCGUUUCCACAAGUAAAUUAGUUAAGAUCAGCAAAUAGGUUGUUUUAGAUUGAUACUAGGCAAUCGAUAUAGUCUCUUUUAUAGUGUUGAGGAUGCAGACUAGGGUUAUACAGAUGGAAGAUGGAAAAGAGAACGGAAUCUUGGUCAGAUCAGGCAAGUCUAAGCCGUUUCCAGCGAAACUGCUGCUUAUACUAGGCCUUUUCCUUGCGUUUGCUCUCACCGUCUUCGUCAUUAGUGUAUCUACCAUCAAGUAUACUGGACUACAAAGCGUAGUCACCACAGUCACUUCAGGCUUCGUGACAUGCCGCGAAGAAGACGAGCCGAGCAGCUUAAGUAAAUGGAUACAGCCUCCUUCUGUUCUGAUGCAUAACAUGACGGAUGAGGAGCUUCUUUGGCGCGCUUCUUUCUCGCCUCGGAGGAAAGAAUAUCCGUUUAGAAGGGUUCCGAAGAUUGCGUUUAUGUUCUUGACUAAAGGUCCAUUGCCGCUUGCUCUGCUCUGGGAGAGGUUUUUGAAAGGUCACAGGGGGCUUUACUCGGUUUAUGUUCAUCCGCAUCCGUCUUUUACAGCCAAGUUUCCGGCUAGUUCUGUUUUCCACCGGAGGCAGAUACCUAGUCAGGUUGCAGAAUGGGGGAGAAUGACCAUGUGCGAUGCGGAGAAGCGUCUACUCGCCAACGCACUGCUAGAUAUCUCCAACGAAUGGUUUGUUCUCGUCUCGGAGUCAUGCAUACCACUCUACAACUUCACGACAAUCUACAGCUACUUAAGCCGAUCAAAACACAGCUUCAUGGGUGCUUUUGAUGACCCUGGACCGUUCGGCCGCGGCCGCUACAACGAGAACAUGGAGCCUGAAGUUCCCAUCACCAAAUGGCGGAAAGGGUCUCAGUGGUUUGAGAUUAACCGGGAACUCGCAGCUACCAUUGUCAAAGACACAUUGUAUUACCCCAAAUUCAAAGAGUUUUGUAGGCCUGCUUGUUAUGUGGACGAGCAUUACUUCCCUACGAUGUUGACGAUUGAGAAACCAAUGGCGCUGGCUAACCGGAGCUUGACGUGGGUGGAUUGGUCUAGAGGCGGCCCCCACCCGGCUACGUUUGGGCGAUCGGACAUUACGGAGAAGUUCUUUGAGAAGAUCUUUGAUGGAAAGAACUGCGCUUAUAAUGGUCGUAACACUUCCAUGUGUUAUCUCUUUGCGAGGAAGUUUGCUCCAAGUGCUUUGGAGCCUUUGCUUCACAUAGCUCCCAAGAUUAUGGGAUUUUGAGUUAGAGAGGAGUGUCUCUGAACCUCUUGAAAAUCAUAUAGAGAUAACGAAAUGGAUGUGAUAUGGAUUAUGUCCAAGAAAUUACUGCGAUAUUACUAUAUCUUGUUUGUUUUUA